UGCGUUAUGCUAAUUUUUGUUUUGUGAACGAAGUCGUCAUACCGAACAAUGGCUUCGUCGUCUAAUGCCGGGACGAUGUUUGCGUGCGCUCCGCUUGCAUUGGUAUUAUUCAUGACAAACUGCAAUGUCUUGUCGCAUCCUACUAAAAAUAUUUUCAACAAGUCGUCGUUACAUCCUGCGCCAAUAUGGCGUAAGAACGAACGAAUGCAAAGCAACAUAAAAGAUGUCGGCAAAGUUCUCACUUAUUUUCAAAGGAAAGACAAGAGCGGAAAUUUUAUAAACUCAUUGAAUUGGUGGAAAGAGAUCAAAACAAGGCAGUCAGAUGCGCUUCUUUCAGAUAAUGUGCUAUUGCAGGUUUCGCCGUCUUUAGUUAAAAAUGGUCAGUUCGUAACCAUCACAUGGGAUGGCGUGGAGAAUGCUUCCCCAAAUGAUAGCAUUGCGUUGUAUUGUCCUCAAACAUCGAAGGACAGUGAUUAUAUCGACUUUUUCGCUGUUGAUGUAUCACCUACUUCUAAACAUGGCUAUGGGAAGCAUUCGGUUCAAUUGUACAACGUUCGUACAAACUGUGAGAUGAGAUAUUUUCGGAAUAUCACCCAGAAACAACAGCGGUUGGUAGCAAAAAGUAACGUAAUAAUGUUUGAAGGUGGACCAGAGAUGCCAUUACAGAUUCACCUUGCUUUGACUGGUGAUCCUACAGAAAUGAGGGUGAUGUGGGUCUCGGGGACUGAUGAAACUCCAUUAGUUAAGUUCGGCAAGGAUGAACAUCUUGGUACUAUUGUCGAAGGAACAACUGAAACGUACAGGUCGUCCGAUCUUUGCUUCUUAAAUGGAGUUUUUAUCGAUCCUGGUUUCAUUCAUGAUGUUAUUUUAACUGGGUUGGAUCCUUCGACGACAUAUUAUUAUUCUUGUGGUGUAGAUCAACAUAUGAGCAAAGUGCGAACAUUUAAAACAGCUCCACCUGUCGGUUCAAACAUACCGUACAAGUUUAUAGUCUAUGGUGAUAUGGGUUUACGGCCUCCUGCUCAUGAUACGGCGAAAUAUGUUCUAAACGAUGUGCUAAAUGGAUAUGAAUUUAUAUUUCAUAAUGGUGACAUUUCUUACGCCCGUGGAUAUGCGUACAUCUGGGAACAAUGGCAUGCAUUGAUUGAACCAUACUCCAGUAUAGUACCAUACAUGGUUGGUAUUGGUAACCAUGAACAGGACCAUUUGGAUAAUUCUAGCAAGGAUCCUAGUGGGGUAACAGGCAGUGGUUGGCAUCCUUGGUGGGGGAACUACGGUGAUGAUUCAAACGGAGAAUGUGGCGUACCUAUGUUUCAUCGUUUUCACAUGCCUGAGACCGGAAACUAUCUUUGGUGGUAUAGUUAUGAUUAUGGUCUGGUGCAUUUCAUUAUGAUGAGCACAGAGCAUGAUAUGAGUCCUGAAUCAAGACAAUAUAAGUGGUUGGAGAAAGAUUUAAAAAAAGUGAAUCGUUCAAAGACCCCUUGGGUCAUACUUGGAGGGCAUCGACCUAUGUACACUAGUGAGCUGAUUCUAGAUGACAUUUUUGUAUCACUGGGCAUGCAACUUUUGUUUGAAGAUCUCUUGUACAAAUACCGCGUUGACUUAGCACUGUGGGCACAUUAUCAUAGCUACGAACGAACAUGUGCCGUCUACAAAAAAAAAUGUAUCAAAGACGGAGUGAUACAUAUCACCAUAGGAACAGCGGGGAAAGAAAGGGAUACAGAACCCUAUGAGAGGGAGGAAUGGUCUUUGUUUCAACGAAAAGAUAAUCCGUACGGCUACGGUCAGAUGACAGUCGCCAACCGAUCGGCAAUGCAUUGGAAGUACUUUGUGAAUAGUGAAGAAAGGGUUGUGGAUGAUGUUUGGUUGAAAAAAUCAGAGAAGAAGAGCGUCUUUUAUUGAUCUUGUUUAAACAUAACAUUUUCAUACUUUUGUAAUGACUUGACAUCGGAAUUUGAUUAAUAAAUUUAAUGGUCCUCUUUAACUGCGAACUUCCUCCUGAUAUAUAAAAUAUAAUUGAAAGUUUUAUCACUUUAAUUAAUGUAAUUGUAACUAAUGAUGGUUAAUAUUUCAUAGGUAUUAUAUAUGGUAUUACUGUGUAUUGUA